AUGAAGCCAGCUUCCCAGCUAGUCAUGAAGCCAGGAGGCUCCAUUAUUCUUUGCGGCACUGCUGGUCAGAGGGAACAUCCCUCUGCCCGGCAGUUCUGGGAUCGAGGGGAAACAGAAGGUUUGUCCUGCAAGCAAGGGGAUAAUGUGUAUAUGAAUCAAGAUGUUUGGAAGCCAUCUCCCUGCCAGAUAUGUGUCUGUGAUAGUGGUGCCAUUUUGUGUGAUGACAUCCAGUGCCCUGAGAUCGUAGAAUGUGACAAUCCUGAGGUCCCAUCUGGAGAAUGUUGUCCAGUUUGCAGAUCUGGAGGUCGCCCCAAUAGUCCCGGUAGAGGAUUAAAGGGUCAAAAGGGAGAGCCUGGGGAUGUGCCUGCUGUAUCUGGGAUACGUGGCCGGCCAGGACCUGCUGGACCUCCUGGAUCACAAGGACUUAGAGGAGACAGAGGACCAAAGGGGAGACCUGGUUCUCGGGGUCCUGGUGGAAUUGAUGGAGAACCUGGUAUUCCUGGACAUCCUGGUGAACCUGGACCUCCUGGAAAUCCCUCCAUUAUCUAUAUAAAAAUGCUAGGCAUCGCAGGGGCGGAACUACCGGCGGUGCAACCGCCACUUCAGUCUCAGAUGCAAGGAGGCUUUGAUGAAAAAUCUGGACUUGGCUCCCAAAUAGGACUAAUGCCUAGUUCAUUGGGACAAGCUGGACCAAGAGGCCCCCAGGGUGCACCUGGAAACCAGGGUGGCAUGGGUCCCUCGGGUUCUCCUGGAGAAGCAGGUGAACCAGGUGGUAUGGGUCCAACAGGUCCACGUGGCCCUGAAGGUCCUCCUGGAAAACCAGGCGAAGAUGGAGAGGCAGGAAGGGCAGGACAGACAGGUGAAACAGGAUUCCCAGGAUCUGCUGGAGCCAGAGGAUUUCCUGGUGCUCCUGGACUACCUGGACUAAAAGGACACAGAGGUCAUAAAGGUUUGGAUGGUCCAAAAGGAGAAAUUGGAGCAGCUGGAUCAAAGGGAGAAUCGGGUCCUACUGGUCCAAUGGGUACAAACGGCCCUCCGGGACCAAGAGGAAUGCUUGGUGAGAGAGGACGUAUUGGACCUCAAGGUACACCUGGUCAAAGAGGCGCUAAUGGGCUUCCUGGAGCAGCUGGUGCUAUAGGCCCCUUAGGCUUAAGUGGUGCAUCAGGAUUUCCUGGCAUCCCUGGAAUGAAGGGUGAAGCUGGGCCAACGGGAGCACGGGGGCCUGAAGGACCCCAAGGAUCAAGAGGAGAGACUGGAUCACAAGGACCAGCUGGUCAAUCCGGUCUUCCUGGUGUUGCCGGAACUGAUGGCACGGGUGGUUCUAAAGGACCAACUGGGGGCCCUGGUGUUGCAGGUUCUCCUGGCCUUAUUGGACCACCUGGAUCUCCUGGACCUCAAGGAAGUACUGGAGCACCUGGUAUUCGUGGCUCAGCGGGUGAUCCUGGUGUACCUGGUUUUAAAGGUGAAGGUGGUCCCAAAGGUGAACCUGGUCCCCAUGGCCCACAAGGCGCAAUUGGUCCACUUGGAGAAGAAGGAAAAAGAGGUCCCCGUGGAGAUCCAGGAUCACUUGGGCCACCAGGCCCAGUUGGGGAAAGGGGUGCUCCGGGUAAUCGAGGUUUCCCUGGAUCUGAUGGUUUACCUGGACCUAAGGGAGCUCAAGGUGAACGUGGAGUUGCAGGAGUCUCAGGACCUAAAGGAGCUAAUGGGGAUCCUGGUCGUCUUGGAGAGCCUGGACUUCCUGGUGCCAGAGGUCUGACUGGAAAUCCUGGAGUCCAAGGUCCAGAGGGCAAACUAGGUCCAGUGGGAGCUUCUGGAGAAGAUGGUCGUCCAGGUCAACCUGGUCCAAUUGGAAUUCGUGGUGAAACUGGUACCAUGGGGCCUGCUGGUCCAAAAGGAAACAGUGGAGAUCCCGGAAAGGCAGGUGAACAAGGCCUUGCAGGAGUUCCUGGACAAAGGGGAACGCCUGGAAAGGAUGGUGAAGUUGGCCCCUCCGGUCCUGCUGGUCCAUCAGGACCCGCAGGUGACAGAGGAGAACAAGGACCACCAGGUCCCACAGGAUUCCAGGGAUUACCAGGUCCACCAGGUCCUCCUGGAGAGACUGGGAAGCCAGGUGAUGAGGGAGUUCCUGGAGAUUCUGGAGCUGCAGGGCCACUUGGUCGAAGAGGAGAGCGUGGUAAUCCUGGUGAAAGAGGAGAACCGGGUGCUACAGGACUUCAAGGUGAAAAGGGGAUGGCUGGAGGUCAUGGACCUGAUGGACUAAAGGGAAAUCCAGGUCCAACUGGAACACCUGGUGAUGUUGGACCGCCUGGUCUACAAGGUAUGCCUGGAGAAAGAGGCAUAGCUGGAACAUCAGGCCCAAAAGGUGACAGAGGAGGUAUUGGAGAAAAAGGUUCUGAAGGUACAGCUGGCAAUGAUGGAGCAAGAGGUCUUCCUGGUCCACUUGGACCAUCAGGUUCUGCAGGCCCAGCAGGUGAAAAGGGUGAGCCCGGUCCAAGAGGUGUAAUGGGUCCAGUUGGGUCACGUGGAACUCCUGGUUCUCGAGGAGAAAAUGGCCCCACAGGUGCUGUUGGUUUUGCUGGUCCACCGGGACCUGAUGGGCAACCUGGUGUGAAAGGAGAACCUGGAGAGUCUGGUCAAAAAGGGGAUGCUGGAUCUCCUGGUCCUCAAGGUCUUUCUGGAUCUCAUGGUCCACAUGGACCUCAUGGUGUGCCUGGACUUAAAGGUGGUAGAGGAACCCAAGGACCCCCGGGAGCAACAGGAUUUCCUGGUUCCGCUGGCAGAGUUGGACCUCCCGGGUCUGCUGGAGCUGUGGGUGCUCCUGGCCCUAUUGGCGAUCCAGGCAAGGAAGGUCCACCAGGUAUUCGUGGUGAGCCCGGGGCACAUGGUAGAAUUGGAGACAGAGGUCCUGCAGGCCCCUCUGGAAGUCCCGGUGAUAAAGGAGACUCUGGAGAUGAUGGACAGUCGGGUCCUGAUGGUCCACCAGGUCCAGCUGGAACAACAGGUCAAAGGGGUAUAGUUGGCAUGCCUGGUCAAAGAGGGGAAAGGGGAAUGACAGGACUUCCAGGGCCAGCUGGAUCCCCUGGAAAAACCGGCUCUACUGGUUCUACUGGGGACAAAGGCCCAUCUGGUCCCAUUGGUCUUCCCGGUGCUAAUGGUCCUGUUGGUGAACCAGGUGCAGAGGGUCCUCCUGGUAAUGAUGGUUCCCCUGGACGUGAUGGAGCUCUUGGAAAACGUGGUGAUCGUGGUGAUCCUGGACCUGAGGGUCUAGCUGGAUCUCAAGGUGGCCCAGGAACACCAGGACCGGUAGGCUCACCAGGAGAAGCUGGGCCAAGAGGUGAAACAGAAUCCCGUGGUCCCAUGGGUCCUCCAGGUAGAGCUGGAAAACGAGGCUUUCAGGGACCCCAAGGACCUCGUGGAGACAAAGGAGAUAAUGGUGAACGUGGAGAUAGAGGGCAAAAAGGACAUAGAGGUUUUACUGGUUUGCAAGGUCUACCAGGUCCACCUGGUCCCAUUGGAGAACAAGGUGCUACUGGUCUUCUCGGACCCUUUGGUCCCAGAGGUCCACCUGGUCCAACUGGGCCUCCAGGUAAAGAAGGUAAUCAAGGAUCAAGUGGACCGAUUGGACCACCCGGCCCGAGAGGAACUGUUGGUGAAGCAGGGCCAGAGGGUCCUAAUGGAGAUGCUGGUCCACCAGGUCCACCUGGGCCCCCAGGCCUUCUGACAGCUGGCUUAGAUGAUCUAUUUGGUGGCUAUGAUGAUGUACCAGACCCUCCUCCAGAAUUCAGUGAGGAUGAGGCAGCAGGCGAUGGUAAAAAGAAUGAUCCAGGUGUUCAAGCGACUCUGAAAUCACUAAGCAGCCAAAUAGAGACAAUGCGUAGACCUGAUGGCUCUAAAAAGAAUCCAGCACGUACAUGUGAUGAUCUAAAACUCUGUCAUUCUUCAAAGAAAAGCGGAGAAUACUGGAUAGAUCCUAACCAGGGCUGCACCGAAGAUGCCAUCAAGGUUUAUUGUAAUAUGGAAACAGGGGAGACUUGUAUAUCAGCAAAUCCUGCCAAGAUACCUAUUAAGACUUGGUGGACUGGUAAAGGUGGAGAUAAUUUCAAGCCCAUAUGGUAUGGUGUGGAUAUGAACAGAGGAGCACAGUUCGUCUAUGGAGAAAGCGAUUCACCAAAUACAGCUGUCACGCAAAUGACCUUUUUACGUCUUCUGUCAAAAGAGGCUUCACAAAAUAUAACCUACUAUUGUAAAAAUACAAUCGGAUAUUUGGAUGAGAAAAAUCAGAAUCUAAAGAAAGCUGUUAUUCUUAAAGGUGCUAAUGAUCUUGAUAUUAGAGCAGAAGGGAACAGCCGUUUCAGAUACACAGUUUUGGAAGACACUUGUUCGAAACGCAGCGGAAAUGUAGGCAAGACUAUCUUUGAAUACAGAACACAAAAUGUGAAACGCCUACCAAUUAUUGAUAUUGCCCCUGUGGACAUUGGCAGCGCAGAUCAAGAGUUUGGAGUAGACAUUGGGCCAGUUUGCUUUUUGUAAAUCACCGACAGAACAAUCUAGAAAUUUUGAGUGACUGACGUUAUCCUGAGACUCUUGAAAAUAAUAGCUGGAAAACACCAGCACUGUACAUACAGGUUUCUAUGAAUUGCCAUUUUGUUAAUUGCCUGGCCUACCACCAAAUAUUUAUUUUAUUUUACAUUUUUUAGACAAAGUUAAGAGCAGAAAUACUGUAAAAGGACCAAUGUUUCUUUGUAGUUUUCAUUUGCAGUGUAUUCUUUCAUAAUUAGGAGUGACCCAGCAUCUAAUUGGGAAAUGUAUAGGCAAAAGUUUUAUGUUUACAUCAAUGCAUGCCCAAUAUCCUGACAUGUAAAGGUACCUUUCCAGAUUAUACUUGUCCAGGUAUAUAAAUGUGUUUUAAGGCACCAUUGUUUUACUUUGGAUCCAGCUCAUCAAGCUUUAUAUUUUACAAUGUGCAAUUAGUGAUACAUAGGCUAAAACAGUGACUGUGGUAGAAACCAUAUGUCAGUAUUGGGGUCCUUUCCCAAGUUGCCAAAUAUACAUUGUCUGUAAAUAUCCUUUCCCAAGGUUUUGAUCGUAUCUGUCCUCUUCACAGUGUUCAUAAUGUGAGGGAUUGGUUGGUUUGGUUGCAUGCCCCUGCAUAGUUUUAGUAUGUGGACUUAAACUAGAUGUCAAUAUUUAUUAUUGUCAUCCAUGGUUGUGAAAAAAUUUCAUAAUCCUUCAAGUUUUCUUCUGUUCUCCGCAAUUGACCAGUAAGUAUGGACAGAUCAGUAAUAAAUUUACCAUUCAAUCCAAAUUGUUGUACAAAAUACCGUAGAAAUUAGUUACACAGCUUGAUGGAUUAGCUCUAUCUUUUUGUAUUAUAGUUUAUCUGUAAUGCAAGAACACUGAAGUGAAAGUUAUGGCACCAGAAUAAAGUUCAGUCGAGAAUACCAUU